CCGCGCAACUCCUCCGUUGCACCACGACACACAACACACCAAACACCGCCAUAAUGGAUACCGACAUGACUGAUGUCGCCUAUGACAUCGACAUUGACGUCGGUGCAGGUGUUGAAGCAGUUGCACAACAGCCUCAGCAGGUUAUCGAACAAACCAUAGCGACAGAUGACAAAGGCGUACCUGCGGCUUAUUACGAGGACAUUGAGAUCCAAAAGCCAUGGCCAGAAUCCUUGAACCUACAAGGCGUGGGCGACUUCGACCCAAAUGACCCUUUAUACUACGCCAUGGAGCAUUGCGGCGCCGAUCCGCGCGUCAAGCAGCUCCGCUGGGUAAACGAUUCCUCUGUCAACCUCGAGUUCUACAGCGCCCAGGAUGCAGCUGUUGCUCUCGGUAUUCUCACACACGCUGAAGUCAGCGACACGAACUCCCUCGCGGCACAAGCACCCCGCAAAGCGAAACCAUACUCGAAGAAGCCGGAUAGUGUGCUUAUAGUUAGGGAGACGAAUGCGGGAGAUCAGAAACCGAAGGGCGCGGCCACGCGUAGCAGAUACUACAAGCAGAACCCUGAUGUAGCAGAUAACCGCCAGAGGGAACCAAGGCGGAGACCGCCCCCAAAGAAAGACUUUUUGGAUUAUGGCGACGAGGAUAUGGGGUCUAGAGAGCGGGUGCGGAGGAGAAGCAGUGGGGACGAUUUCAUCAACGAUGACUCAGGCAUCGAUCGACGGAGACCUCGCCGAAACGGACAAGAUGGUCGAGACACGCGCGGUCGGGGUGGCAGGCUGAGUCGCGAAGCAGACUCUGGAAGGCUACGGAGCGACGUUGAUAGCUAUCGGCCAGGCUCUAAAAGUCCACACGAACCGCGUCAUGGCCGCUUACGAGGCCGCAGCGCCUCACCAGCCUCGAACGACGAUGGCGAUGGGCGUUUCGGUUUCGCAGAAGAUAACUCGAACGCACGCCACCGUUACCGCAGCCGGAGUCGUAGCCGCAAUACACGCCACCGCCGAGCACCUAGCGGCGAGCGCUGGACCCACGACCGCGCAAGCUACAGUGAUCGAAACGCUGGAGCAUCAGGAGGACGAUGGCAGAAAGAUGCCUCGACGUUUGAUACCUCACCAAUGGGCAACCACCGCCGGUCAGAUGCCAUGGAUGCUUCAAGAACGGGAGGAUCUCUGCUUGCGCGGAUGACAAAAGAUGGACAGCCUGUGGUGCCGCAACAGAAACGCUCGUUGGCGGAUCGCAUUACGCGCGACGAUGAUGGCGAUGAGAUGUUUGGAAGACUAAAGAACGAUGAUCGGGAUCCUUGGGUUAGCGAUUUCUCCGAACCAGCACGCCCUCGCGGCCUAGCCGACCGAAUAUCACGAGAUACUGAGAUCAAUAUUCGUGGACGAGGUCAGGAGGGAAUCAACAUUCGUGGCUCUGCUUCAAGUAAUGGCGCGGCUGGUGGGAUCAAUAUCCGAGGCGUGGCGAGUGGUGCUUAGGAUGCUUAUCUUAAUUCACCGUUGACAACAUGGUGGGCUCGAAUGCGCUAUUUCGAAGGCCUUCAGUGGUGCAAUAGCUGUUGAACAGAAGCUGGGCUAUUGUCCCAAGUCUGGAUUCGGCUGUGGGUAGAACCAGGCAGCAGGAAAGAUUGGAUAACCAUCAUCAAGCAUUACAGGUGUUGGCGCAUAUAUUACUAUACUUUACUUUGUAUUUGCAUCCACUGAUAUCCAUUUGUCUGGCGUCAAAAAUUUGUACCUUUUCAUCGCGGGAACAGUUCAAUAUGGAUCGAUACUGUCUCUCGGCCACUUGUGCAUGAUCUACGAAAAUUAGAGUCAUAUUCCUUGUUAUGGGGUUCAACAGAUUUCCCACUAAGAAUCUUCAUAUACGUCCUACACCU